AUGACAAGGAAGCGCCACGAGGUUCUGCCAGCGCAGGUGAGCAGAGAGGAAUUCGUCGAUGAUUUUAGAAGAUUUCUUUCCGAGGUGUUCCAAGACGUGAUCGAUGAAGUGUCUGGCCGCCUCAACGCAGCUUUGGAACAAAAGAUCGAGGCCAUCAAGUCAGACCUUAAAACCGUCCGACCUUCGAAAGGGAAUGAGAGGUUGGUCAAGGCUGAUCCGGAAUAUGGCGAACAGAGUGAAGCUGUUCUUUUGAAGGUGACUCAACAGCUCGAGGAAGUGGACGAGUUGGCCGCAAAUACGCGAGAAAUGGCACGUCAGCGUUAUACCUGA